AUGUUCCGGUCACCACUCUUCGCUUGGUCGCCACGACCAGACCAAGACCAGGACAUCGAGGCUUCUCCGGCAACCUCAUCGCCAUCUCGAUUCGGCGCCUUUCGCAGCAAUGUGCGAACAUUGGUCAAUGGCUCGUCAGUCUAUUCACAGUCGCCAGCUCUCACCAACAACAACCACAACGAGACAACACCAAAAGUACCAUUUCGCGGAUUCUGGAGCCGCCAGCAAUCACCCGAUCCAAACGCACAACAUGUCUCAGAUGAUGAGCCGCGCGACUCACGUGACUCAAAUGCACCUCUUUCACAUCAUACUGCAGGCUCAUAUAUUGGCGCCAUUCAGGAUCCUCAGGAGCCGACAACACUAUACUCGCGUCACCCAGCGGAUGUACAAUUACCACCUGGCCACGAAGGCCCCGUAGAUCCAGCAAUUCAGCAAUCUACAGACGAGGCCAGUGGAAGGCGGCAUAGGCGGCGCAAGCACCGGAGGAGAACGAAUCGUCGUGCGGAUCGACGUGAACAGUGGGUGCGACGAAGAGAUGAGCGCGGGUCCACUGGAAUCUAUGUCAGGGGAUCAGCUGCACGACGGAAGAUGGUUGCUGUUGCGAUAUCCGGAACUUUUCUGAUCGUCAUUCUAUCCAUCUAUCUAGCAUUGGCCCUAACCAACAAAGACCUCGGCCAAGAAAUCCACAUCCUCUUCAUCAUGGUGCUCCUCACCGUCACCAUCUUCUUCUGCCACUCCCUCAUCCGCCUCUGCAUGCUCAUGCUCAACCCGCCGACCGAAGAACGCCAAUUCAUCCCUAACAUGCUCGGCUCUGAGGGCUUCCAACCCAUCAUCCCAAUCCGUGUCCACCUCCGCCGCGACGAAGAAGCCGCGCUGGAAAACGACGUCCUGGAAAACGACAUGGACGUCGACGACCCAGAGAAAAACAUGCCGCCUCCUCCCCCACCCGCCUACGGCCUCUGGCGCAGCAGCGUCCGUGUAGACCCAAACCUCAUCCAUUGGCAGCGCGUCGACGCCCUCAGCGAGCGCGGCAGCGCAAUGUCCUCGCGAAUGCCAUCGCGCGUCGGCUCCGUCAGUGAGCAAGUCCCCCCACUACCCACUGCUUCGCGUGCAGCAUCCGCGGUAGCAGAGGGACCCCGACCUCCCUCGUACGUCUCUGAAGACGGAAUCAGUUACGUGGUUGAGGCGGCGCCGCGGUCAACCGUCACCAGCAACCGCGAUAGCCACUCGGGAUAUAGUGAAAUACAUCCUGCGUGGCGGCCGGGCUACGCCAUGAGUGAAAUCAGAGGCGGCGAGUUGCCUGCGGUUGCAAAUUUUAGUAGACCGUAA